AUGUUGAGCCUUCAAGACGAACCCGAGGAGAUUAUUCAGGAUGUGAACGACCUCGUCGAGACCUUUAUCACGAACAUCAAGUGUCGGAGACUGAGUGAGUACUCCAGCGAUGGCGAGUCGCUCUCCACCAUCGCCGCCGUUCAGAUGACCGAUCUCAUGGCGACGAUCGUUCGGAUUUUUCAGCAGUACGAGGAGCGACCCGAUGGGUUUGGGAUGCAGAUGCUCAAGGCCGGCUACCCGGUACUGGAGGUUUCGACCCUGCUUGUUCGUCGGCUGCUGGUGCUGAUCGCGCGCGCCGGGGACGCCCUGCUGCGCGCGCAGUUCGCGACGCUGCUUUUGAUGAAUGUCACCCGUCGGGUGCUCUCCUUAUUGCGCGAGGCCGCGGCGAACAACCGGGCAACCGUGCAGGAACUCGAACUCGAGGCGAAGCGCCUCCUGGACGGCCUGAGCUCCGACGACGAGGGCGAGGAAAAAGGGAAGCCCCGCGAGGAGGCGCCGGAGCGGGGACGCCCCCUCCAGCAUGUGGCUUCGUCGCCGAAUUCGCUGGAGAGCUCGCCCGGGACGCAGGCGACGCGGCGGCGGAUGUCCGUUCGCUUCGCGGGGAGUCCGCCGGCCUUGGAGGGCGGCGCCCCGGAGCGAUUCCCGCGGAACCCGAGCCGAGGGCUACUGCACGGGGUGGGCGGGAUUGGGGCGUCGGAGAUCCCGGGGCAGCAGUUCCUCCGGCGGGCGCCGAGCCAGCGCGCGGGGUCGUCCGACCCCGCCGAAGAAGGGACCUUCCCCGUGAAAGUCUUCCCCUUUUUCGAGGACGCCCUGAACGGCAUCGAUGAGCUCAAGAGCGAGAUUGACGGGAUGGUGGAGGAGCUCUGCCGGCGGGCGCCGCGGCAGCUGCACCGCAGCGACACCGUCCUCACGAUGGGCGCGAGCCGGACGACCCACCGCUACCUCCUCCAGGCCGCCAACGCGGGCUGCGAUUUCAAGCUGAUUUUGCUGGAAGGGGCGCCGGGCCCGCGGGGGCCGUGCGAGGCCCUGGCGGCCUCCCUCUCGCGCUGCGGGGUGGGGGUGCAGGUGCUGCCCGACAGCUCCGCCUUCGCCGUGAUGAGCACCUGCACGAAGGUGCUGGUGGGGGCGGAGAGCGUGCUCGCGAACGGCGGGAUGCUCGCGCCGGUCGGGACGCAUAUGUUGUGCGUGGCCGCCAAGCACUUCGCGGUGCCGGUGCUCGUCGCGACGACGACGCUGAAGAUGUCGCCGUAUUAUCCCAACAACCAACUCUGCACGCGGCUCGUUCGCAUCGCGCGGACGGGCGCGCAGGAGAUGCCGUGGAGCACCUACGGCUCGCCGGAAGGGGUGCUGCCGUCGCCGUUUGGGCAGUCCUGCGCGGACGGCGGGGGGGUCUUCGGCGUCUACGCGCCCAUCACGGAGUACGUCCCGCCGGAGCUGAUCGCGCUUUACCCGACUAAUGAAACCGAGUUUACGCCCUCCCAGGUGCAUCGGUUUGUUCGUGCAAACUACAGCGAUGCGGAUUAG